UUGUCUUGACAAGAUACACAACUAAAAUAUUAAUGAUCAAAAUUUUACGUUGACGAGUGUGUAGUAGUAAAAUGCGACUUUGAGACGGGACAGGGAGUAAAACAAACUCGAACUUGUGUGAUUUAUAUUUUGUGGAGAGGAAGUAGUUACUACCACCAUUGCAUAUUCUAGAGUUGCUGCUCAUGCUGUGGUGCUUCAUCUUCCCGGUAACGAAGAGUAACAGAAAAAAAUUAGGGAUUUAGAAUUCAACAAUCAAGUACUAGCAACAAUGUUGUAUAAAUCAAGAGAUUCAAAAUUAAGAUCAAGAUCAAGAUCAAUUUCAAGAAGAUUAUGUUCACGGAAGGUGAUGAUUUUGUGUCUUGUAUUUCUAGCUAUUUUGCCUCCAAUCUUCUUCCAUUUCCGUCUCCGUCGUUUCCAUCAGAUUCAACUCCGGAGAUGCGGUUGGGUUAACAAUCCUCCUCUUGUUUGUGCUCACGGCGGUGAUUCUUCCAACGCAUUCCCUAAUACCAUCGCUGCAUAUGUCUCUGCUCUUCAAUCUCGAGUUGACUGUAUUGAGAUCGAUGUUUCUCGUUCUUCGGACGGAGUUUUGUUCGCUCUCCAUGAUAGGGAUUUGCAGCGGUUGUCUGGAAACACGAGUUCUAGAGUUGGUUACAUGAGCUCAAAACAGAUAAGAGAGCUUAGUGCUUCACAUCAAUCUACUGAUAAGGUUAAUGAUGAAAGCAUACCCACAAUUCAAGAUGCUCUGAUGUUGGCUGCAAGUUCUGUACGAAAGAUAAUUCUAGAUGUUAAAGUUGGACCCCCGUUGUAUGAGAAAGGGCUUGCCAAAGAUGUUCUCUCUAUUGUGGAGCAGGCAGAGUGCAGAAACUGCAUUGUAUGGGCUAAAAGUGACAAUUUAGCAAGAGAUGUCAUUAAACUCUCAUCAGAAAUUGCAGUUGGCUAUAUAGUCAUGAUCGAACCCUCUACAGGGGCUAGAUCAACAUUGUUGAGGAUAAAAGGUGCCGAGGUUGUUGGUGUCUACCACCCAUUGAUUGAUGAAAAUCUUAUGAAAGCUUUGCACAGGAGGAGAAAAAAGGUGUAUGCUUGGACUGUUGAUGAUGCAGAAUCCAUGGAAAGGCUAUUGUUUGAGCAUGUUGAUGCUAUUGUUACGAGUAACCCAACUUUACUUCAACGCCUAAUGCAAGAUAGCAAAACACAAUGUCUGGAAGAAGGUUUUUCAUUACCAGACUAACAUUUGUUUCAAAACAUACAUCUCUGAUUAAAAGAUUCCUUGUACAUUGUGAUUUGUAAUGAGCAUAAUACCAAUCCUAUGUGUAACUUUCAUUA